CGAGGCCGGAUGUCCGUUGUGCACGCGGCUCUGAGGCCCUUUUCUCUCUCUGCGACGCGCCAGUGGACUUCAGACACGAAAUGGCGGACUGGGAGACUGCACCAGCUGUGGCUGAGACGCCCGAGAUCAAGCUGUUCGGGAAAUGGAGCACCGAUGAUGUGCAGAUCAAUGACAUCUCCCUUCAGGACUACAUUGCUGUGAAGGAGAAGUAUGCCAAGUACCUGCCUCACUCCGGAGGGCGCUACGCCGCCAAGCGCUUCCGUAAGGCUCAGUGUCCCAUCGUGGAGCGUCUCACCAACUCUAUGAUGAUGCACGGCCGCAACAACGGCAAGAAGCUGAUGACCGUGCGCAUCGUUAAACACGCCUUCGAGAUCAUCCACCUGCUCACCGGAGAGAACCCCCUGCAGGUUCUGGUGAACGCCAUCAUUAACAGCGGCCCACGUGAGGACUCCACCCGUAUCGGCAGAGCUGGAACAGUCAGGAGGCAGGCCGUGGACGUGUCCCCACUCCGCAGGGUCAACCAGGCUAUCUGGCUGCUGUGCACUGGGGCGAGAGAGGCUGCCUUCAGAAACAUUAAAACCAUCGCCGAGUGUUUGGCUGACGAGCUCAUCAACGCCGCUAAGGGUUCGUCAAACUCCUACGCCAUCAAGAAGAAGGACGAGUUGGAGAGAGUGGCCAAGUCCAACCGUUAAAACUCCUUGCUUUCUACUAAAAGAUCAAAUAAAUUUAGAGAAACCUCA